AAAAUUCUAUAAAUUCGCGUUAGAAAAAUUUCUGUAAAACGCUUUUGAGUAGAUUAAAAUUACUUUUGAAUGAAACUACAAUACGCGAGUAUUACAAAAGACAAAAAACUUAAUUGAAAAAAAAUUAUUUUAAGACGAUUAUAAAUGCCAGACAGAAUUUUGAUCUAUUUACCUUUUAUAAUGUAAUAUAAUUUAGUAGUUUGAUUUCGUAAGUUUAAAUUGCUCCAAUCUUUAAGGAAUUCUUCAAAAGAUUUCAAAACAGUUAAUGCUCUUGAAAUGUCAUAUAACAUUGAACCAUCUCAAAAAUGCAAUUUUGAUGAACUAUCUGAGUAUCAAAAAGUAGACCAACCAAAUCAAUUAAAUGAAGGACUAAAUCUAUUCCGAAACACUGCAAACCGUAAAAGACAUCUUUCGUUUAAUGAUGAAAAUAUUCACUUUAAAAACAAAACAAACUGUCCCUCAAGUGGUUUUCACCAGACAAUAUACAACUUUCAACAGUGUAAUAUAGACUCCAGCGCCGAAAAUUCUACAUUACUUUACUUACGUCAAGUCAACAUCAAAGAGCGCUCUCGUUCUCAUAGCGUAAACGACGCUUUUACUCACCUUCGUACAUUAAUUCCCACUGAUCCACCGAGCAGAAAACUUUCUAAAAUAGAAACGUUACGGUUAGCAACAAGCUACAUAAAUCAUUUAAGCUCUUUGUUAAAGCAGUCGGACUAUAAAGAGUUAAACCCUGGGUGCAACAAAGAAUUAGUAUAUGCUUCUUGUUCAUCCGGAACAAACCAAAUAUGUACAUUUUGCGUCACAUUUUUAAGAUCACUAAACCAGCGUUAGAAUUAAGUAUAUUCUUGUGUUUUAUUAAACUUAAUUAUUUUUGAAUAAUACACAUUUUUUCCUUCAUUAAUAUAAAAAAGUUAUUUACCCUUAAUAAUAAAAUUUGUGCAAAAAUCAACUAUUGUUUUUUUUUCUUUUAAGUAAAAUAUUAACUUUUUAAGUGUUUAUCUUGAUAUUAAUAUCAUUAACUCAUAACUAUUUAAACAUUAAUGUUGAUAUAAAUUGAUGACCGUUAUCUUGUUUGAGUUUAAUAUUUUACUGAGGGUUCGUCCAUGAAAUACGUCACAUUUGACAGUUUUUGACCUCCCUCGUCCCCCUCGUCACAAAAUCGUAACACAUGAGAAGCAAGUUUUGUUUGAGUCGUCACAAAAACCACCAACCCCCCUCCCCCUACAGUGUGACGUAAUUUAUGGACCACCCCUGAUUAGGAACUAAUUUGAUUGAGAUUUAUUUAGUAUUUUUACGUUUAUUUACAAAAUCUUAUAACCCAAAUGAUUUGCUUUUUUUUUGUAUUUUAAUUAUGAAUUGUGAGUUUUAUUAUUGAUACUGACG